AUGGAAGGAAACUCUUAUCCUAUCUUGGAGGGGCGAUAUCUUCAAUCAUUCUACGUGAUGUGUGCUCAAACGACAUAUGUAGAUAAGGCGAGGAAAAAUGAGACAGCUGAUUUAUGGCAUGCACACUUUGGUCACGUGGACUACAACAAGCUCGAGGUGAUGAUAAAGAAAUCGAUGCUCAAGGGUCUUCCUCAACUAGAUGUCAAGGAAGAUAUAGUUUGCGCUGGAUGUCAAUUUGGUAAAGCACAUCAACUUCCAUAUGAAGAUUCGAAGUUCAAAUCGAAGGAACCUUUGGACUUGGUUCACUCAGAUGUGUUUGGUCCACUAAAGCAACGUUUAGUGAGUUGUGUAUGCUACAUGAUCACUUUCAUUGAAGAUUUAAGAUAUAUCUGA